AAUGCUUCGCCUGCGGGCCGCCGCUACCACCAGCCUGGGCCUCACGCUGAGGGGCGUGGCGCACAUUGUCGCUUCUUUCGUGCUCUCCACCGUCGUCUACUCGGCCAUCUACGCCGCCGCUGUGCCGGAAGCGGAGCUCAACUAUCCACUUCACUUUGGCCUCUGCGAUCCGCCAAACGUCACGCGCCGUGUGGCAGCCGCGCGGCUCGCGCCCUCGGAUGCGGGAGGGCGGGUGGCCGCGGCGGCACCACCGCUCGCUCCCGGCUACAAGUACAUGGCGCGGCUCUGCCUCGAGCUGCCAGAGUCGCCGCCAAACGUGGAGGUCGGGACAUUCCUGGCGGAGCUCUCGCUGUACGGCGGCGACAGCGGCGAAGCCGCCGCCGACGGCCCGCCUGUCACUGCCCUCGAUGCGGUGCAAGCUGCGACACCGCCGGCGCCGCCGGCGAUGCUCUUUGCGUCGGCGCGCCCGUUUGUGCUCCGGUACCGCUCGCCGCAGGUGCGGUGGCUCGGCAACCUGUUCUUCAUGCUGCCUCUUGUGCUCGGCCUGCUCGAGGAGAAGCAGACGCACUGCGCGCCGCUCGCCGACGAGCUGCACAACCGGCGGGACCAUCCGGUGCUCGAGAUGCGCGUGGCGCUCUCCUCGUGCUCGCUGCAGGAGGGCGAGCCCCCGGCGAGUCGGGAGGCGGGCAGGCAGGGACGAGGGCGGCGAGAGGGCGCACGGCUUGGGCGAGGGCUGGCCGCGAGGGCUGGCUGCGAGGGCCGUGGCCGCGAGGGCUGUGGCUGCGGAGGGUUGUCGGCCGCGAGGGGAUGACGGUCGCCGCCCGCCGCCCGCAGGUCUACAGUGCGACGCUCCACCUCCGCACCUCCUUUGGCGUGGUUGCGGCGCUCAUGCACACUUGGUUCUUCACCACCGCCGCGGUCGGAGUCACGCUGCUGAUGCUCAUGUACUGGCUCGUCGUGCUCGUCUUCGAGCUGCGGGACCGGCUGCGAGCGCAAGACGAGGACCAACAAUACCAACAGUUCCAGCCGUCGAGAGCGGCGCCGGACAGUAGGUGCCGCCCCGUUCCGCCCAUCGCCGGCAGUUCGAAAUCAGAUUAGCUGUUGUCACACAUGCAACGUAAUGAACUCUUUUUGAAGUUUU